GCGCGCUCCGGCCGGCACGUGCGCCCCUUACGUCCGGCCGGUGGCCGAGCGCAUCCCGGGACCGUGGGACCGCAUCUUUGUGCAGGGGGACGCUGGCACGUCCGUGAAAUCUCGGAGCUCCUGGAAGCGGGGGCGCUCCCUUAUCGCGAGUUUUGUUCUGCUCGCUUUCUUCUUCGCGAGCCUUCAGGCGUGCAGUUGUUUAAAGCACGGCGGGGCGGGCGGAGUAUUAAGCCCCGCCUCCCGACGCCUCUCAUUGGGCCCCGCCGAAUACCAGCCAUCGCGAUUGGCUAGCCGUCGCGUCAAACGGGAAGAGUGGCGCAAGAGGCCUAGCACUUUCGGUUGCACUGGGCCGCAGAAAUUGGUUUUGUUGACGGACGGCGGCGUUGCUCGAUUUUUGUUCUGUGUGUUGUUGUUUUUUUUUUCUUUCUCCCCCUGCUGCGGACGCUCGCUUUGGCCCGGAGAGCGCAGCGCUUGGUGCCCCCCGUCCGAGUCUCCCCUCGGCGCUGCCCACUCGCUAACAUGGCGGCUCAUGCGUGAGCGCGGCCCGCGGCUCGCACGCAUUCCCGGGUGGGAGGUGUUGUCUGAGCUCGGCGAUGGCGCCGACGGCUUUAUGAGAGGGAAGGAGCUGCCGGAGUCGGCCGCUUCGCAGGCGGGUGUCUACUGUCAGCAGCAUCUCGAAUAUGUGCAAAGCAAUCGGACUGCCAUAGUGUUUGCAAAUGAAAAUGGAGGACAUGACUCUGUCUGGCCCCGAUAGCAAGCAAGAGGCCAUCGCACACGAGAUCUUCAAUGAUCUUAUUGAUGACGCUUGUCUGGGGCUCUGCUUCGACGUUCAUCGAGCUGUGAAGUGCGGCUACUUCUUCUUGGAUGAAACUGACCCCGAGAGCAUGAAGGACUUCGAAAUUGUGGACCAGCCUGGUGUGGAUAUUUUUGGCCAAGUGUACAAUCAGUGGAAGAACAAAGAGUGCGUUUGUCCCAACUGUAACCGGAGCAUUGCUGCCUCGCGCUUUGCCCCUCACCUGGAGAAGUGUCUGGGCAUGGGAAGAAACAGCAGCCGGAUUGCCAACCGCAGAAUCGCCAGCAGUAACAACAUGAACAAAUCGGAGAGUGACCAGGAGGACAACGAUGACAUCAAUGACAAUGACUGGUCAUAUGGCUCAGAAAAGAAAGCUAAGAAGAGGAAGUCUGAUAAGAAUCCAAAUUCUCCCCGAAGGUCAAAGUCUAUUAAGCAUAAAAACGGAGAGCUGAGUGCUGGCAACGCGGAGCCCUACAAGUAUGCUUACAACUCGGGAAUCAAUUAUGAAACCCUGGGCCCCGAGGAGCUGCGCUCCCUGCUGACUACGCAAUGCGGAGUCCUCUCGGACCACGGCAAGAAGAUGUGCCCACGCGCCCUCCCAGACGCAGAAGGCAGUGGAGAGAACGACGCUUAUGAGCCCCCCGAGGGUCAGGCCCCCUUGAGCCGGCUUCAGUGGGACGGUUCCUCCGACAUUUCACCUUCUGACUCUGCUUCCUCCAAAGCAAGCACCAACAAUUCUGAGUCCAAGAAAACCAAAAAGAAGAAGCCACACAUGGGCCUGGGCAGUGCCCCGCAGCCGGGGGUGCCAAGCUCGUCGUCGAGCAAGAAGAAGAAGCCCAAACCGCCAGCUGCACCAAACCCCAACAUCUACGAUGACAUCAACUGAAGGGCGAGGGGAGCAGCUGGCACAAGCUGCCCUCCUUCUACUUUCGUUCGUUUUGUUCUUCGCCCGCCACGCCACGUUGUCUGGAAGGCUCGUGUGUGGCCAAGCGUAUGGGAGGGCCGGCAGAUUCCUUCCUCAGACUGGUUUCCAGUGGGGAGGCUACUGGUGCAUGUGUGUGAGCGGCCCCUGCUGGCCAGGUGCCGCCCAAGUGAACACUAAGACGGUGGUGGAUACUCCAUGUGACAAGCUGCAGGGCACUGUUUUUUGGGGGUCGUGUUGCUUCUUUCCGUGUUUUGACAGUGAAAUGGAUUUGUUUUUAUUUUUGGGAGGUCUGGUGGUCUGAGGCAGCGAGCUGAGGAACCGUUGCACUUUACGCCCGCCC